AUUGUGGUACCAACAGAGAGGAUUCCUCCAGGAGUUGGGUACCACACCUCAGUCUCCGCCUUAGGUACUUUGCAAGCUUCUCAGCAUAAAGGACAAAGUGUAGAGCUCAUAACAGAAGAUAUAGAAUUAAUUGGUGGACCGCAAAUAGAGAACUACCCUUUCAAAGCAAGGAAAAGACAUUCACAAGAUUAUAUUCGCCAGUACUUGCACUUGAGAGCAAGAACUAAUACUUUUAGUUCUAUUCUGCGAGUGAGAUCACAGGCAAAGAUGGCAAUGCAAGAGUACUUCAACAAGGAACAUUUUAUCAACAUUGACACACCAAUUUUGACAGCUAAUGACUGUGAAGGUGGUGGAGAAGUAUUUAUGGUUCAGCCCCUUUUUGCAGAAGUUGGUUCGCAUGAGUCACUCUCAACAAAGUAUUUUGGUCAUCCAGCAUACUUGACUGUAUCAGGCCAGCUGCAUCUAGAGGCCAUGGCAAGUGGUUUAUCGAAGGUGUAUAAUUUCAAUCCAGCUUUCCGAGCUGAGAAUUCCCAAACACGGCGACAUCUGGCUGAAUUCUGGAUGGUUGAAGCAGAGGAAGCCUUUCUCAGUGGGCCUGAAGGUCUACAAAACCUUAUGAAUAGGAUAGAGGAUCUCUUGAAAGCCUCCAUUCAGUGUGUUCUGGAUAAGAGUGAAGAGGAUGUAUUUACUCACUGGAAACAAAAUGAAUGUACAGAAGAAUUAGUGAAAGCAGCAUUGAGUCUACCGUUUAUCCGCAUGACUUAUGAUGAAGCUAUGACUCUCUUGCAAGACAAUUCCCAACACUUCCAGACCAAACCAUCUUUAGGGGAUGAUCUCGGGAAAGAACAUGAGUUGUUCUUAACUAAACAUGCUGGCAAUAGACCUGUGUUUGUGACUGACUGGCCCAAGAAAACAAAGGCUUUCUACAUGCGAGCCAGAGAUGACAAUCCUGAUGUGGUUCUAGGAGUGGACUUGCUCUUGCCAGACAUAGGUGAGGUAGCAGGAGGUGGCCUAAGAGAAGACAGACCACAGGUCCUUCGCAAAGAGCUCAAUGCACGUGGGCUCAUAGAAAACCUUCAGUGGUAUCUUGAUCUGCGUACUUUUGGGGGUGGAGCUCCCUCUGGGGGAUUUGGUGUCGGAUUUGAAAGAUUUCUGCAGUUUGUACUUGGUGUAAAUAAUAUCAAGGAUGUCAUUCCAUAUCCUAGAUGGGGAAAACACUGUUCUUGCUAAAGUGCAGAUAUUUUUGCCAUAAUGUAAAUAUUGUUAUACUAGUCACUUUUUGUAUAAAUAAGGAGGAUGAGCUAAUUAAAUGAAUAAAGAGGGAAAUUUC